UUACUGGCCAUAGGCUUGCCGUAUUAUAAAGCAUGACUAAAAUUUUGUGGUGACAUGGGAUUGUUUCUCAGAUUAGGGUGAGUACAAAAAACAAUCCUGCUGACUUUACAGGUCUUUAUACUCGACUGUAUUCUACAAUCUUUCUAAUUUUUCUUAAUUUUAGAUAGACAUAAUGGGCAUAAUUAAAGGAUGCAACAAAAUUGCCUUAUUACAUUGUUCCUGUUUAUUCAUAAUGCAUUUUUGCUAUUCUUGUUCAAAUAAAUGCAAACCGGGUCUCAAACUUAGAGAAAUGCAAAAAAAUGUGGCUUGUUUGUUUACCACCAAUGAAGAAAUAGAGUGGAUUAUGGAAAACUGGUGAUUGGUAUUAGUUAGUGCAUUGUUUUUCCUGGUACAUGUGGGAGGUCUGCAGACAGCAAGAACACAAACUUAACAUAAUAACAAGAUGCCCCUGGGCACCAACUCCUCCUGUCAUUGACUUUAAUAAUAACUGUACUUCAGACAUUUUCCUCUCUGCGUGUCGACAGUCUCUCCCUUUAAUAAGGUGUACACUGGAGGAGGCGAGAAACAGCAGCCCUCUAAUUUUGCUUGGAGAAGGCGCCUACUUAUUUUAAACUUUGUAAUUACUUGCUGGCUAGCAGCACCCUCUCAUUACCAGUGACUGGAAAGAAUGCUACUGCUGCUUUCAGAGUAUAAUUACACUGGCUGGAUAUUUGUGGCAAGGUUAGAAGGGGGAGAGUAUGGGUGCAUGUUUGAAAAGUUGAAUGUGGUACAGUCACACAGACAUGCGGUUUGGUAUUUCAAAUUCCCAUCAAACCAUAUAUGCUUUACUACUGAGAAAACCAACACUUGGGAGGAACUCGGACUCAUUAAGGACAUACAUGUGGGCAGUAAGAUAUAUGAGAAUCUGUAAAUCGGGUUGCUGUUUGACCACCAGAGAUUAAAAGAGCUACAAUGUUAGCCAUUAUAAUCCCAAAGCUUCUCGGAGCCAGCUGACAUAUUGUGUAGCAAUGGAUAGCAGGCGCCUCAGAGAGAAAAUAGGUUAAAUGUCUUUUUCAGCAAUAGAAGGAAUUGAAUAUAGUGAUGUUCUACCAGACUCCUUCCCAUCAGCCCCAGCAGAGUCCUUGCCACAUUUCCUGUUGGAGCCAGAGGAUGCCUAUAUUGUGAAGAACAAGGCUGUAGAAUUAGUAUGCAAGGCAAACCCAGCCACACAGAUCUACUUCAAGUGCAAUGGGGAAUGGGUCAACCAGAAUGACCAUAUCACCAAGGAAAGAGUGGAUGAUGUGACAGGCCUUGUGGUACGAGAAGUCCAGAUUGAGGUCUCCAGGCAGCAGGUAGAAGAACUUUUUGGCUUGGAAGAUUUCUGGUGCCAGUGCGUUGCUUGGAGCUCAGCAGGAACCACUAAAAGCAAAAGAUCUUAUGUCAGAAUUGCCUAUUUGAGGAAGAAUUUUGACCAGGAACCCUUGGGCAAAGAAGUAGCUUUAGAACAGGAAGCAUUACUCCAGUGCCGUCCCCCAGAAGGAGUACCACCUGCUGAGGUGGAAUGGCUAAAAAAUGAAGAAAUAAUUGAUUCUACAAAAGACACAAACUUCCUCAUUACAAUUGACCACAACCUUAUAAUUAAACAAGCUCGUCUUUCAGACACAGCCAACUACACCUGUGUUGCUAAGAACAUUGUCGCUAAGCGCAGAAGUACCACAGCGACUGUAAUUGUAUUUGUGAAUGGAGGAUGGUCCUCUUGGACAGAAUGGUCCCCAUGUAACAAUCGCUGUGGGCAUGGCUGGCAGAAAAGGACAAGAACAUGCACCAACCCAGCUCCACUCAAUGGAGGAACAAUGUGCGAGGGGCAACAGUACCAGAAAUUUGCAUGUAACACUAUGUGUCCAGUGGAUGGAGGUUGGACUGAGUGGAGUAAGUGGUCAGCCUGCAGCACCGAGUGCACACAUUGGAGGAGUAGAGAAUGCAAUGCCCCCACACCAAAGAAUGGAGGGAAAGAUUGCAGUGGAAUGCUGUUGGACUCUAAAAAUUGCACCGAUGGCUUAUGUAUGCAAAACAAAAGAGUUUUAGGUGAAACAAAAAGCCAUUUACUAGAAUCUACAGGGGAUGUGGCUUUGUAUGCUGGCCUAGUUGUUGCCAUUUUUAUCAUCAUCAUCCUACUCAUGGCUGUGGGCAUAGUUGUCUAUCGGCGCAACUGCCGAGAAUUUGACACAGACAUUACAGACUCAUCAGCUGCCCUUACCGGUGGGUUUCAUCCAGUCAACUUCAAAACCUCUAGACACGACAAUUCCCAGCUUAUUCACCCUGCUAUGCAGCCAGAUUUAACUGCGAAUGCUGGCAUAUACCGCGGCCAUAUGUAUGCCCUGCAGGACUCUGCAGAUAAAAUUCCAAUGACCAAUUCUCCCUUGCUGGAUCCAUUACCAAACCUGAAGAUUAAGGUCUAUAACUCGUCUACAGUAGGCUCCAGUCCUGGCAUCCACGAUGGGAAUGACCUUCUUGGGGCAAAGCCCACUGGCACAUACCCAUCUGAUAACAUAAUGAAUGCCAGAAAUAAAAAUAUGAGCACUCAGCAUCUGCUCACUUUACCUCGGGACUCUAGUAACAGUGUAACAGGGACAUUCGGCAGUCUCGGUGGAAGACUAACAUUUCCUAACACAGGGGUGAGUUUACUGAUUCCUCAAGGGGCAAUUCCACAGGGAAAAUACUAUGAAAUGUACCUAAUGAUCAACAAACGAGAAAACACUGUUCUGCCUUCAGAAGGGACACAAACCAUUUUGAGUCCCAUAAUCACUUGCGGUCCUACCGGACUCCUACUAUGCAAGCCAGUUAUUCUCACAGUUCCCCACUGUGCAGAUAUCACCACAUCAGACUGGAUUUUACAGCUGAAGACUCAGUCACAUCAAGGCAACUGGGAGGAGGUUGUGACACUAAAUGAAGAAACUCUUAAUACUCCAUGUUAUUGCCAGCUGGAAAGUCACUCAUGCCACAUCUUGCUUGACCAACUGGGCACCUAUGCUUUUGUAGGAGAGUCCUACUCCAGAUCCGCUAUAAAAAGGCUUCAGCUUGCGAUAUUUGCACCUAUGCUCUGCACCUCACUGGAAUACAAUCUUAAAGUAUACUGCGUAGAAGACACGCCUGAUGCAUUAAAGGAAGUUCUUGAACUGGAAAAGACUUUGGGAGGAUACCUUAUAGAAGAGCCAAAGCCAUUAAUGUUUAAGGACAGUUACCACAAUUUACGUCUGUCCAUCCACGAUAUUCCCCACUCAUUGUGGAGAAGCAAACUGUUGGCCAAGUAUCAGGAAAUCCCCUUUUACCAUGUUUGGAGCGGUAGCCAGCGGACAUUACAUUGCACAUUCACACUGGAGAGGUACAGCCUGGCAGCCACAGAAUUAACAUGCAAAAUCUGUGUAAGGCAGGUUGAAGGAGAAGGACAGAUAUUUCAGCUCCAUACUUCACUAGAAGAGAAUGUCAAAUCAUUUGACCCAUUUUGUUCACAUGCUGAAAACAGUGUGACUACUCAGUUGGGACCAUAUGCCUUUAAAAUCCCAUUCUUAAUCCGGCAAAAAAUCUGCAAUAGUUUGGAUGCCCCUAAUUCCAGAGGAAAUGACUGGAGGCUUCUGGCACAAAAGCUUUGCAUGGAUCGAUAUUUAAACUAUUUUGCUACCAAAGCAAGUCCCACAGGAGUUAUCUUGGACUUAUGGGAAGCCUUACACCAAGAUGAUGGUGACCUCAACACUCUGGCCAGUGCCUUGGAGGAAAUGGGCAAAAGUGAGAUGAUGCUUGUAAUGGCAACCGAUGGGGAUUGCUAGUGACUUCAGAACUCAUUUGAUAUGAGUUGGUGAAUAUUUGAAAGACAAAGUAGGUUGAUGGAGGAUGUCCUCUGACCCAUUAACAAGAGACAGGCAUGGUCCUUGAUUAUGAUGGAUAACACAGAACUACAGUUUAGUAAGGAGAUGGGACGGACAUGCUCCUUAAAGUCCAAUCGCAACCAGCCUUAGAAUUUCUUAAGAACUCUGUUUACAAGCCAUUCAAGUGUCUACUGGAAUAUAUUUAUGCCCUCAUUACUUAUGUAAAGGGCUGCAUAAGAAGAAGGCAUCGCUGGUAUCAAGAUAACUGCAGAUGUGUUCCACCUUAACAUGCUUUUAAGACUGUCAUCAACGGUAUUUAAUUACCCAAAACCAACUGCUUUUAUCCUAUCCAGACUUGGAAAAGCUUCGCUGAUAUGGCAAACAGUUUCUUAGGAAACGCAGCAUUAUUUAUUAUCCAGAUCUUUGGAUGAAUAUUUGUUUUAUAUAUUAAAUGACAACAUUUUGAUUCCAUGAGGGCUGGUAAUUAAGAAAGAUAGGCUUUUUGUUGUACAUCUCAUUUUAGUUAAAUCCAUCAGAAUACAGGUGUUAAACUCGAAAUUUGCUAAAAUGUAUUAAUGGAGAAAUGUUCCCUAAUUGAUCAUAUCAAAUGCCUAGCUACAAUCCCUACACACUCAGGGAGACAUUACAUCAGACAUGUGUAAUAGAUCUAGUCAAUGAGUAAGAUGAACUCCUUUUAUUACGGGGCAAACAUAUUACUUGAACACCAUGGUUAUUAUGUUUUAAGCCUUUUCAAAGAAGAAAAGAAAUAACUUACAAAUGUUUUCUCUAAAAAGAUGUCUACUGGGGUAGAGGAGCAAAAGUAUGACUAUGAAAUCUGUCUGAUUUCGGUGUGAUGGGUUAUAUAAACAUGUCAGUUUUUAUCCUCCGGCUUUCUUUGUGGGACUUAUGGAGUCAUAUGUACUACUAUUUAUAGAAAGGCACUGGCAUUGCUUCAGAAAUAUGAGACAUGGUUAACACAAUGGUGUAUCUUUCAUUUUAUGGGCCUUCAAACAACUUUUUGUUCACUGACCGAACCUGUUCAGCAAUUUAAAAACCAGGGUGGAUGUAUUUUCGUAGUCAAGAGAACAUAAUUGUGCAGGGCACUUAUGAGACAACUACUUUUUAAACUAUUAGAUUUUUGAGUCUAUGUUUGAGAAAAAAUAGCCCUGUGUGUAGUUUAGCUAAAUUACUUGAUCGGCAGUGAGAACAGUAUUAUAAGGCUUUAUUCUAUAUUUUCAACUAUCUUUCAACAAAGAUGUAAUUAAAGUACAGUGAUGAAACCCGUUUUCAAGGAGAGGGAAAUUUUUAAAGGGCUUGCAAGUUUCCAUUACUUAUCCUCAUUUAAUGCUUCUGUCAUACUUAUUUAUAGAAGGCGGCAUAGAGCUAGAAUAGGCUCUUCUCUCAGGCUUUUUAGGCAGUCCAUUGCAGCUCUUGUUUGCAGGAAGGGCCUACAACCUAUAGUAUACAGGAUUAAAGGAAGACACAAAUGAUUCAGGUUCUCUUUCUCUCAGGGGCUUUAGGGAAAGUGUAUUCAAACAUUUUACUUCCCUGGUAUGUCCUUCAAAUUGUUCAUUUCAUGAUCUUUUAAAUUUGAUUUUAUUCAUCAAUUAAAGUGACACAAUUAUAGCAAAAAGACCCUUUGCAAUAUAUGGAUCUUUAAAACCCCCAAAAUGCUCUGCAGUGUGACACAUGUUCAGAUUGUGGUAAGGUAGGGUAAUGUGUUUAAAUAUAUCUACCGUGUACAUAUAGAAGUUAUCUCACUCUAUAUACCUUGGUCUAUCCCAAAAUCAUUGACUUGUGUGGGUCCCCUGAGUUUUCUUGCAUGACUGCCAAAGAGAUCAUAUUUUGCAGAUAUUGUUCUGCUAAUAUUAUUUAGUUACCAAAAAUGCAUAUGGUACAUAGUAUGUGUAGUGAUAACUAAUGAAAAUGUACUUAAAUGUUCUGUUUAUUCCAAUAACAAAAUAUAACUGGUCUUGGCAGUAGAACCCAUAGCCUUCUUGACACUCUCUAUAAGCCUUUUGCCCCCAAGUCUGAAUUCAAUAAUUUGUGAUAAUUUUCAACAAAACUGUUGUUAAAUAUCUAAUUGUACUGCAGAGCCCCUCAUCUAAGGGUUCUCAGAGACAAUUACUAACCCAAGGGGCCUUGACACCAAAGUGCCUUUCCAUUGAUCUUUUAAAUUGAAUUACUUUAUUGCCUGUGUUAUGAAUAACUUCAUGUUUUACUGUUACUUUAUACGUCGGCCUAGAUAGAUUAAAUGCAGUUUAGUUGGGGCAGUUGCAUUUUUGUUAUAUUUUAAUUAGGCUAACUCUCACUUUGGGGGUCCUGGGCUGUUUAUAAGAUAUCCAAAUGCUGGCAAAGUGUGUGAUAAUAUUAGUAGUAUCUAAGGAUUUGUGGGAAUAACAUUUUGUGUGCCUUUCGAAAAGCAAAAUUGUGGUGGCUCCCCAAAUACAAUAGUAGUGUUGUUAUGCUGAUGUUUUAUAUGUUGAAGAGCUGUAUUGAACUGGUUUAAUUAUAGGAGUGUGUGUAUGAAAAAGACCAGCACUCAGUGAACAUGUGAAGAGAUGAUUAUUUUUAUUUGUACAUGCACACAAAAUAAGUAUCUUUAUACUAGUCCCCUGCAUGUUGAUCAUCUUUUUAUUUUCCUUGCAGUUACAAUUAUCGUACACUGGGGCAAUCGCUGUUGGAGCAGGCUGCUGGCCAUAAUUAUGCUUAUAUAUGAGAUUCUCCUACAUUUAUACAUGCUUUUAGUGCAACUAGUGUUAAUGUUAUUUAUUUCUCAUAUUUCAGUUACUAAUGCUGGAAUUUCCACUGCCUUUUGAGCAAUAAAUUAUUUUGAAAAUAAGAUUCCCACAAGUGUUGGAGCCCCAAGGCCAAGCCUCAUUAGACAGUUCAUCCACCCCCACCCUAGCUUCUGCUCCCCUUUGUGCAGGUGAGCUCCGGUUUCAGGACAGCAUGCACAACGGCCUGGGCUUCUUUGUGGUCCUUCUACAAUUUUGGGCCUGCAAAUGUUAAAUAGUUCAGAAUCUAGUUUAUUCUUAACCAAGUCUAUGUUGAAUUAAUUGAAAAUAUAAGGUCUACAUUUACAACUGGAUGCGCAGCUAUGCUUCUGAUGCAUAGAUCAGUUCACCAAAACCUGAGCAUGAAAUGCAACCUGAUGAUCAUAAGAUCUUACAAAGAAUCAGUUUCAGCAUCACACAAUCAAUCGAUUUGCAUACUAGUGCUAGAAUAUUCUUCCCCAAGUCUUUAUUGCAGUAUGGCUAUUGUACUGUUUCCCAAACUGUGGGGCUGCCCACCCAAUACCAAUUUUUGGGUGAUUGUUUAUUUACUAUAUUUAAAACUGUUGUCGCUUCUUGGUAUAAUGAGUAGUAAAGCAGCACAGAAAUGGGUGCACACUUAAGCUUAACCCAAAGAAGCGUAACUGGCGCAUUAAUGGUGAAAUAGAACAUUUGUUAUGUGACUAUGUGAUCAUUGGCUCCCUUUUACCACAAGACUUAAAAUAGAAUAUACUUCAACCACGUAUUACUUGUUAUUCCUUAGUAAAGUAUUCAAGAUUUAUUCAUAAUGCUUUGGUUUUAUAUUUUUAAUGCAUGCGG